GUUUUGGUAUACUUAAUGAGGGUUUAUUGAAUACGUUUCUAUGAAAAUCCUCUAUAUUGAUUUGCUUCGGGAUUAGGACAUUAGGAUAAAUUCCUAAUUUCAAAAUAGUAAAUUUAGUUGUGGCUUGUUCGUCUUGUGAUUCUGUAGUGUCUAGUUGACUUUUAAAGUACUCGGUGAAGAUUCAAAAUGUCUUUUUCAAAAGCUAAAAGAUUUGACUAUAAAGAACCAGAUUUUCAAGUAUCACCAGCCGACUUUAAUCUAUCUCUACCUUUGAUAAAACCAGCUCACCAAUUCUCCAAAUCAAGAAGAAUCUACCAACCACGUCAAUACUGUAAAUGUAGAAAAAUUACAGUAGCACCGUUGACAGAUAAUAAUUUAACAUACACCAAAAACUCAGCAAAUUCGAGUGUUAGUAAUGGACUUUGCGAUUCUUCAACUCCACGUAGACGAAGAUUCUCGCAAUUGAACAUCUACAAAAUCAAAGAAAAAAUCAUCAGUCUGAACGAGAAGGAUAUUUUCUGUAACUGUGUAGAGGCCAAGCGCAAUUCUAAUACUCCCAUUAAGAGCGUCAAGAGCAUCAAAAGCCUCAUAGAUAAAUUCGAAAAUGGCCAAAGAGAUCCAAUUUUCUUCACCAGCGAGGAAUAUAUAGACGACGAUUAUUACAGCUAUACGAGUUCCAACGAAUUGGAGGAAGCGAAUACGACAGAACAAAUGGAUCAGAAUUUCUCGGAGAUAUUCAAUUUCGAUAAACUCACGCUGAAAAACACAAACGACCCGAUUCAACGCAACGUUUUAGAUGUGCAAGUCAAAACCGAUUUACCCACCAAUAAUCGACAGCUCUCAGAGGAACAUAAUUUAAGCACGGGCAGCAGUAACGAAUGUUUCGACAUGAUUAAACUGAUCAUAUCACAGGCGAUCGACGAUCUCAGAAAAGAAUACGAGACCAAACAUGCAGUCACAUCAAACGCUAUCGACACUCUGCUAAACUUCAUCUAUAACAUGAAACUGACCUUAGAAGACGCCAAGGAAGAGCUGAGGAGGAAAUGCGAAGACGUUUCUAACGAUUUGUUCGUACGCAUCGUCGAAUAUUUGAAUCAGUUCGAUACCUGUCAAAUAUUCGACGAUGAUGUUACAAUUCGGGAAAUCAGUUCUGAUGAUGUCAACAGACACCACGUUUUCUCGGACCAUCUUCAAUCGGCUCAGAUGGAAUUGAACCUCUUGAACAAAGACAAGAUGAAUAUUUCGAUCAAAUGCGAAGAUACAUACGAGAAGUUGCGGAUGCAGACAUCAAACAUCGACUUUCUUCAAAAAGAAAUAGAAGAAAUCAAACAAUCUCUAUGAAAAAAUAAGUAAUUAACGUUGUUUAUGUAGUUGUUAAUGUAGUUUACAUCAGUAGUUAGUAAAGUUAAGUAUGAUUUAACCCGAUGAUUAUAAACAUUAAAACAAAUAUGAGAAAAAAAUGAUUUUUAUUUCCUUGAAACUAA